AUGGCAUCGUCAAAGGAAUACUAUGAGUAUCAUCAUCACCACCGCCACCACCAUCACCACGGCGCAAAGAAGCGCCUGUAUCUUGAACCUCCCACCAACGGCGCCGUUACUGUGCGCACAAAGAAAACGACUUUCAUUCCCGCCCGCGAGCCAACGCCGCCUCCCAUCAUUGUCAAGCCAUGCCCUCCACCUCCGCCUCCGGUAGAAGUCAAGCCGCCGCCUCCGCCUCCUCCCGCUCUGCCGUGUCCUCCUCCGCCCCCCGUAGAGAUCAAACCCGUCCCGCCGCCGCCGCCGCCCCCGCUGGUUGUUGAGCCCAUUGCUCCUAUUGAAGUUAUCGCGGUGGACGUUGAGCCGAGCAGCAAAAGCAGCAAGUCCUCACGCAGCAGCCGCAGCCGCUCACACUCGCGGCACGGCAGCCGGGACAGAGAGAGAGACGUGAGAGAGGUGUACGUCGAGCGGGAGAAGCUUGUUCCUGUCCGUGUGCCCUACCCCGUCCCGGUCCCUGUCGAGCCGCGAUAUGAGACCUUCAGAUACGUGGAGGGGAGGAGGUAUUCGCCCCCGAGGAUGCUCCCGCCUCCGCCGUCUGAGGAGGAGAGGAUGAGGGUCGUCAUUUCGGACCGGAGGCGGGAGAGGGAGUACUUCCAAAGGCGUUAA